AUGUUCUAUGCCCUAUUUUUCUCAAAAUCGCCUGCGCAAGAUGGAGGCGAUGAUGAGCGCGAGAAAGAAAAUAAAAAUGAAGAUGUGGCCGGAGCAAGAUUGAUUAGCGGGGGAGAGAAUGUUGAAAAACGUCAUCACCAGCAACUGCAGCAGCAACAGCAAGCCACCACCGCAUCCACAACAACAUCUCUUCCAAAAAAAAAUCCUGAAGAUUCAGCGACAGAUAGUUUGCAGCACUCAACCUCGUCAGUCACAAAACCAGAUUCAACUUGCAGAGAUGCAACGAUAGCAGCAACUACACCAACUGCUACAGCAUACACAACAACAUUCACUAAAUCCCGUCAACCCCAUCCAAGAACAUCUUCAUCAUCAACGGUCGUCAUCAAAAGCCACGGAAGCAAGUCCAGCAUCCGAUCCGACGAACUGCCGCCCGCCAACACCACAAAAACUCUCUUGGCAAAAUUCCAAAGUCUCGAGAAGGAGAACUAUCAGAACAACUUGGCAAGCACGUUUUCCAGAUCGAGCAGCGCUGACAAGUACAAGAGCUACAGUCUGACCAGGAACUACGAUGGCCAUUUUUUUGGAAGCGGUCGAGGAAUGAUGGAGUGUGGGAGCUGUUCCGGAAGUGUAAUUGACGGAGACAGCAGCAGCGGCAUGGUUGCUGCGACCAGCGGUAGGGAUAAGUCUCCGUCGGAAUCAAUUUGUUCCAGUGACUGGGACUCGGAAAGUUGUGGGAGCGAUUUUCCAUCGAAGCAUCAAUCAGUACAACAACAGAAACAAAAGAUGCAGCAGCAGCAGCAGCAAGAAACACAACAACUUCAGCAGCACGUUGACAAUACAAACAACAGCAACAACAGUUUCCUCAUGACGAAGAGUCUCCUCGCGCAGUGGAGAAUGUUAGAGGAGCACGAGAGAAGGUUGAAAAUGCUGGAAAAUCUAGAAAAAGGUUAUAAAGUAUUUUGCUUGUAUUACUACGAGGUCAAAGACAUUUUUAAAGAUUCCGUUUCCGGCAAGCUAAGGUCGAGGUCACUGAAUCGUCCAAUGUCCAUGAUUGAAAGUCAUCAUCACUAUAAUCAUCACCGUCCUCAACAUCAUUAUCAUCAACCACCAUUGCUGUCGUCAUCGUUACCUCAGCAAUCGUUCCUGCAACAACAACAACUGCAACAGCAACAAUUGGUUGCUCAACAAACUUUCGCGACAAUAGAUUACAGCGAUAGGAUGACGAGAUCAUUAACGCUGCCAAAGUCAUCUGCAAUCCACCAGCAACAAAUACAAGAAGAACAACAUCAGCAACAACAUCAGCAACAACAUCAGCAACAACAUCAUCAACAACAUCAGCAACAGAAACAACAUCAGCAACAACAUCAGCAACAGAAACAACAUCAGCAGCAACAACAACAACAAUUCACUCCUUCAACAAAAGCAGUUUUGGCAAAGUUCAAAGAAAUGGAGAGUCAGACAUCAACAUUCAGAAUUGCCCCCAUCAAGAGGGUAGUACUUUUGUUAUUAGAGUACAACUUUCAUGAUGGCUUGUACAAGUUUAGAAGUAAUAGUAAUUUCAGUAUUACUACUAACUUCAAAUGGGAGACUAAUAACAGCAGGUCGACUCCGAUUAACUUUCACUCCAUAACAACAACAACUACUACUACUACCACUACUACUGCCGCAACUACUACUGCCAAUGGAGCCACAGAUGUCGCUCGCGUCAUCCGUAAAGGAAGUGUCGACCAGAGCGAUCAAUCCAGCUACUACAAAAGAAGCUACUCCGAAGAACCUAGAAAAUUAAAACCGGAAAUGGAGGAGAGAAAAACGGAAGUGGACAACAAACUUCCGGUUGUCAAAUCUCUGCGUUCAUAUUUCGAGUCUUUAGAAGAAGGGAAGAAAUAA